GUAGAUACGCUGGGAAACGGAGCUGGAGGAGGUUGAGUGCGACACCCCCGCGGCCUGGGGCAAGUGUCCGCACGGGACAGUGUCAGAGAGACCCACUCCCGUGGAUUCUUUGCCGACCGCAUAGCCGCCGAGUCUCCAAAGACCCCUUUCUCAGAAUGAUCGGAACUUGCCGGCAGCUCAAUGGCCUCCCCAAAGAAGAAACUUCAGGGUCUUGUUGCCGCAACCAUCACGCCGAUGACUGAGAAUGGAGAAAUCAACUUUUCAGUAAUUGGUCAGUAUGUGGAUUAUCUUGUGAAAGAACAGGGAGUGAAGAACGUUUUUGUGAAUGGCACAACCGGAGAAGGCCUGUCCCUGAGCAUCUCAGAGCGUCGCCGGGUUGCCGAGGAGUGGGUGACAAAAGGGAGGAACAAGCUGGAUCAGGUGGUAAUUCACGUAGGAGCACUGAGCUUGAAGGAGUCACAAGAGCUGGCCCAACAUGCAGCAGAAAUAGGAGCUGAUGGCAUUGCUGUCAUUGCACCUUUCUUUCUCAAGCCAUGGAAUAAAGAUGUCCUGAUUAAUUUCCUAAAGGAGGUGGCUGCUGCUGCUCCGGCAUUGCCAUUUUACUACUAUCACAUUCCUGCCUUGACAGGGAUAAAGAUUCGUGCAGAGGAGUUGUUGGAUGGGAUUCAGGACAAGAUCCCCACCUUCCAAGGGCUGAAAUUCAGUGACACAGAUCUCUUAGACUUCGGGCAAUGUGUGGAUCAGAAUCGCCAGCGGCAGUUUGCUUUCCUUUUUGGGGUGGAUGAGCAACUGUUGAGUGCUCUGGUGAUGGGAGCAACUGGAGCAGUGGGCAGUACCUAUAACUACUUGGGAAAAAAGACUAACCAGAUGUUGGAGGCUUUUGAACGGAAGGACUUCUCUGUAGCCCUGAACUAUCAGUUUUGUAUCCAGAGAUUUAUCAACUUUGUGGUCAAACUAGGUUUUGGAGUAUCACAGACCAAAGCCAUCAUGACUCUGGUGUCCGGGAUUCCAAUGGGCCCACCCCGGCUUCCACUGCAGAAGGCCUCCAGGGAGUUUACUGAUAAUGCAGAGGCUAAACUGAAGAGCCUGAAUUUCCUUUCUUUCACUAGCUUGAAGGACAGGAACUUGGAAGCCUGUAGCUAGUGCCUCACUGUUAAAUCAGGGUGUGUACAUCGAAACAUAAUCCACAUUAAAUAGAGCAUUCUUUUCUCAGGGAUAUUGUAGAUAACUUGAAAUAAACUCACAUCAAUCAACAAGUACUGAA